AUGGUAGUCGACACAACGCCGUUUGGCGAGCUUCUCAAACUGCGGAAAAGUAAACACAGUCGACGUACUUACUUCCUGUUUGCGGGCCAGUUCCUGCAGGUGGAAGCUGAAGGAGCCGGCAGCGUUGCGCCUGGUUGCCGUGAAAAGAGAAACGAAUACCUUCGACGGGAGCUGAUCCCUGGCUGCCAUGGUCGACUCGGUUAUUUGGCCACUUCCCGUUUCUGUGCGGUGAUAACGGCCACGGGGCACGCUGUUGUCCUCGAGAUCACCACCUCACUUUACAACACUGCCGUCAGCUGGGGCAAACCGAGCGUUGUUUGGGGGAACGGUCAGCGCAUCGUAAAGUCGACGGCUGAAGGCGCUAGCCUUAAACUCUGGUUCCCUCGGUGCAUCGGACUUGACCCAGAUCCGUGUGCUCUUAAUGACCUCGUCAGCGUGUCAAGAGAGGUCAUCGGAAUUCCGCCAAGAAAACUAGUUCUUGCCAUGGAGCACACAGAAGCAGACAGUUUUAUUGCUUCUCUUCAGACAUCUCGUAAGGCCAAUGAGGUAUGCACCCGAUGGAAGAAUUCAAUCCUGAAACUGCUGCAUUUGGCUGCUUAG